UGGGAUUUGCAUUUAUUGAAGCAGGAUCCGUGAGAUAUAAGAAUUCUUAAUCAAUAGUCAUAAAAGUGAUAUUGGGUUUGUUCUUGACAAUAUUAAUAUGGUGGUUGUUCGGAUAUGGAUUUUCAUUUGGAUAUGAUUUCUAAACAAACUUUAUGGGAGGUACAAAAUUAGGAGGAGCAAAUUGGGAAGCAAAUCAAUACGGAAAUUGAUUAUACAAACUUUGGUGUUCAGAGCAGCAGGUGCAGCAAUAGCCGUAUCAGUGUUAUCUGGAGCAGCAGCAGAAAGAAUGACCUUCUUGGCCUGGUCAAUUUUGACAAUUAUAUAUGCAGGAUUCAUAUAUGCUGGAUUAGCACAUUGGACAUUAGCACAAGGAUGGUUGACAACUUUGGGAUACAAAGAUUUCUCAGGAGCUGGUGUAGUAUUUUUCGCAGCAGGUUAUUAUUGAAACCAAGGAGAUUCAGAUUUGAUCCAAACACAACCUUGUAAUUCUAAAGACAUUCUCCAAUUUAUAUUGCUUUCGGAUCAAUUUUGGUCUUCGCAGGAUGGUUAUUCUACAAUGGAGGUGUUGUUGCAUAAGGAGCCAAUUCCAAAUACACUUAAGGAUUAGUGGCAGUCAAUACAUUGGUUGCUGGAGCCACUGGUGGAUUCUUUGCCUUCAUCAUUAGAUACUUCUAAUAUGAAACCACAAGUUUGGUUGCCUUGUCUAGAGGUAUUAUCAGUGCUUUGGUGGCUGUCAGUGCUGCUACUGAUGACAUGAAACCAUGGACUGCAUUCAUUUAUGGUUUGUUGGCUGCUGUCUUCUACAGUGUUUUGGCAAAAGUCAUCCCAAAGGUACAUAUUGAUGAUCCCGUUGAAGUUGUACCUGUGUUUUUGGGUAAUGGAUUUUUGGGAAUCUUCUUGUCAGCCUUCUUUGACACCAAAGCUGGUAUUAUCUAUGGAUUUGGUGCUAAAUUAUUGGGAAUGUAAUUGUUGGGAUUAUUGAUCAUUUUUGUAUGGGUUGCCUUCUUUGUCUUGAUCACAUUGCUCAUUUUAAAGGGAUUCGGAGUCCUUAGAAUAGAUGCUGAAACUGAAAAUGUUGGUAUUGAUAAAGCUCAUUGUUUGGGUGAGGCCAUCGUUUUUGCUAACUAAGUUGAUGAGGCUCCUCUUAUACCAUAGACUGAAUUGGUUAAGCUAGGAAACAGCCAAAUUGGAUCAGGAUUCAGACCUGGUUUUAGAUGAUGUGAUAAAAUAAUAUAUAUAUGAACAAUUUUUAUUAAAAACCAGUUUUACUA